GAUAUCAGCUCCCGUUGUAGUAGUAAGGGAUUAAGCCUUCAAACUAAGCUAUUGUAUAUUUUUAACAGUCGCAUCAUGUCGUGCAUGCCUGCUCUUAACUUGCUUUUUUACAACGGCCUGUUGGGUUAUAUAAUCCGGGAAAUCAGUCAAAUUAUUAAUGUUUAUACGGCCAGGAAAAGUGUCUGGGAUCAUAUUCCCAUUAUCGGCAGGAUCUUCGCUCCUAUAACACCGCAAGCCCCAAAUGCAGAGGAGUUCGGGGAAAACCUGUGGGACGUCAACAUAUAUGUAAACAUCUUGCUACUUCUCCCAGCACUCUUUCAGAUCCAUCACUUCGCGGUGCUGGUGGCGGUAAUUCUCAUGUGGAACUUCUACGUUUACCAGUCCCUGAGUGCUAUCCACCUGAUGCUGAUGUGGCACUUGUGGUGGAGCGACCUCUGCUGGGGAUACUACGCUCCCCUGGUCUUUUUCGGAUUGCUGAUGAAUAUGCUGCACUUGAGUUUGAUUAUAGGAACUAUGAAGUUUCAGAUGAGAAUGGAGGAAGAUCCCAAGUCUAUUUUUGAACAGCAGCCACAUCCCGGAGAGGAAAAUUCAGGAGCGAUUGACAAUAGCUCACAAAAUUAAGCUCUAAAACUGAACGCCGGACCACAGGUUCAACCGCCCUUAACUGGGUCGCCAUCAGUCAGGUGCUUAACCUUGCCACAUCUACAAAUACAGGUCGGUGGUUCAACUAAUAAAUAUGCCAGAAAACACCAGACACACAGAUACAUAGCACGCACACACGAACACUCUGCCGCACACCAGGACAUGUACAAAUGAAUCGCAGCUGAGGGCCGGCCGAGCAUUGGGAAAUAAAACCAUUAAAUAUUUGCGGUUAAACGCACCAAAAACAAACCGCAAAAGUAAAUCAUAUCCAAAACAGACAUUGGACACGGCCAAGCAUCCAAGGCAAGGAAUUUCUCUUGCCUCACCCGACCGUCGUCCGGAACUCGUAGGCAAAAAUAUUAGAUAAGAAAUUAGGAAGGCAUGGACUUGGACCCGGAUUGGAUAGGGAUUGGGAUUGCGGAGGCAGCAGACCAGAGCGCCAUUACAUUUGGGAUGGGAUGCAGGUCAGGAAACUGGUUGCCAACGGCCAGCCAAAAAUUCCAAAUAGUCUAUGGCCGACAAGCAUAAAUCAUUGAAACUUACAUUCCACCAUUUCACUGGAUUUGAAUAUAUGUAUAUGCCAAAGGUUUGGCCAAUUCUUGGGGAA